GAGAGAGAGAGGAGAAAGGGAAAACGAGAAAGAAGGGAAAGAGACAGAGGAACGGCGAGCGCAGCAGAAACGGAGCGAUAGAGAGAAGGAAGGAGAAAAAGAGAAAGAGAAGGAGACAGACGGAUCCUGAAAGGACGGACGAUCGAGUGAGAGAGAGAGGGACCGACUCGUUGGUGCGAGCGAGCAACGCGUUGGUGACAGAAAGACAGACGGACGGACGGACGGACCGACCGACCGACCGACCGACAGACGGACGCCGCUUCCCCUCCGCUCGCGUUCACAGCCAGUUGGUCGCGCGUUACCGAGCCAAGUGGAUGUGUUCGCGAUCGUGCUCCCGCUGAAAAAGUUGUUCAUCGUCACGCCGUACGAGAGUGAAAGAGAUAGAGAGAGGCCUUUCUUCCUGCGCAUGUUAUAUCGUCGUGAUAAACACGAGCGUCCCGUCCCGUCCGUUGUAUCGGUACACGCGUGAACCUGUGAACGGAGAAAGAGAAAGAAAGACGCCGUAGCGCAUUGUGUCGCCGGACGUGCGCCCGGCAAACCUCCGAGCGAUUUCGUCGAGAAAGGAUUACAAGGUGCAUCGCGAAGUGCGCGUAUCGCCGGCAACGUAUAUUACGUCGCAUCCUCGCAGCGAAGGGAAAUAUUUCUGAGCGCAGUGCCGCGAGACUCUCGGAGAGUAGGACGGUUUAGCUGGACACCACCUGGUAUUCAGAAAGCAAGUGAGAUAAAGACAGGUGGCACGAGGUAAGAAGCAAACAUGGGAGCGAGACAGAGCAAAAGGUCUGUGGACAUAACGACGACGCCGAAGAAGGAGGGAAUCCCCGCCGAAGGAGGCGUCGUCGGCGACGCGGCCGCACCUGGUGACGGCAAGCUGGAGAGGAUCGAGGAGGCCGACACGAAGCCUACCACUAACGGCAUUGCACCGCACACGGAUUCCGCCGAGGAUAAAGAAAAGGACAAAGAUGAGGCUACCGAGAAGGAUAAGGAACAGCAGCCGGAGCAGCAAGAGGAGGUAAAAGCCGAGGAGACGAAGCAAGAGUCGUCUGGAGACUCUCCCGCGGAGGUUGAGGUCACGACGCCUACAGAGGCCACCCCAGCCAGUCCGAACACUGCCACUUCUCCAGACAAUAAGGAAACCAAAAAGAAGGAUAAGAAGAAAAAGUGGUCCUUCAGGUCGAUCAGCUUCAGCAAGAAGGACAAGACUAAGCCGAGCCGCGACGAAACGCCCAAGAAUGGAGACGUCACCAAGGAAGAGCCGCUCGCAGAGGGUGGCGAAGAUGCAGAGAACGCAACGGCCACCGCGAGCAGUCCGGAGGAGAAAUCAGCGGCAAGCAGUCCAUCGGCGGACGAGCAGGUAGCCGCUCCGAUAGCAGCAACUGAGCCGAAGGAAGAGGCUGCCGCAGCGUCGCCAACAGCAGCCGCCGCCGUCGCCGCUGCCGCUAGCCCGGUCGAGGAAAAGAAAAAGGAACCCACUCCCUCCGCCCCCACUCCCGUCCCGUCUGUCGAGGAUAAGAAAGAGGAGGCGGUCGAAAAAGUCGAGGCCGAGAAAAAAGUAGUCGAGGUCAGUCAGUCAGCCGGCGGUCACUCCGUAGCGAACCCGGUAGACAUCCCCGUCUAUCGAGUCAAGAUAGUCGCGACGCCGUCUAUCAUUGAGAGGAAAGCCAGUGAGGACCUCCCGCCCUUACCCCCGUCCAGUCCACCGCCGACCCCUAUAGAUCCGUCACCCUUGCAGCAGGCACGGCAGGCCGCGGCGAACGCCACAGCUCUGGCCGAGGCACUCAAGCUGCCUGCCGUGGCUGCCGCCGAGGAAUCGACGCUGACACCACCACCACCCGAUGUCGCGUACCCGCUAUCCCACGAGGACACUUUUUCCCAAGAGAGCCGCGUAAGCGAAUCUACCAUUGCCGCUACCGCGUCUCCAACAUCACUCACUCCCUCCACCGACGCUUUGCCCCCGACGGAAGCGACCUUUGUCCUUGCGGAAGUAGAGUGCCUACCGGUGGUAGAGGCCGAGAUUGAAGUCGAGACGUCUCAAGAUAUUGCGAGAAAGAUAGGGGAGACAUUAGGAAGUAGCCGUGAUAAAAAAGCUGAGGUCGAGCAGAAGGUAGUGGGCGACAUCGCGAAGGAGGAGAAGGUAUUUAAGUGUCAGGAAAAUGAAGCAAAUAGAGCAAAGGAAACUUUACCACUAGCGAUGGAGUGCGAUACUAAAAACACGCCAAGCAAAGAUGUAGAGAAAGUUCCUGACGUUGUUGCUAUGGCUAAAGUUAUGAACGAGGCUCUACCGGUCGUGGAGUGUCAAACAAAGAACGAGAUAAAUAGCUGUGAAGUUGCGAUGAAGAUAAACGUACUGCCCAACGCCGAAGGUAAUGAAAAAGUCGAGGCUGAAACGUUAUCGUCGGCUGGGAUUGAAAUAAAAGACGCCUGCCCCGUAGUAAAGCAGUAUUUAUCGUCUGAAAAUAUGGGCAGUUCUCCAAAUAAAACGCAGCACAUAGAAUCAACUGAGAAAUUGUCAGACUCGGAUCUUUCUUCGGUCCAAAAAUGUGUGUCCGUUGACGUGGAAAAAUCAUCGGAAGUUUGUUCUGCAUCCUUCGCGAAGGUAAUCGAAAGCCCAUCGAGGGAUUUGGAGCACUCACCGGCAAUAGCGGAAGUUGUGGAACAAUCGAGCGAAACAUCGAUUGAAUAUGAACACGAUUACGCGAGAUACGUGCCGAAGGAAGACGGAAUCGCAUCGAUAACUUCGCCAACUGAACUAUUUAUAAAUUCCGAAGAGGGUCCGCUCUCAGUUUCGGAAGAUAUUCUAGUGGAAGCCAAGCCAGCGCUGAUCAUUCCGGAAGAUGAUAGCGUCGAGGAACUUACCGACACCACUGAAUCCAUCAAAGUGAUUCCCGAAACUGACGAGGAGAAACUAGAAACUGAACUGGAAUUGGACACCGUUGAGCCGUCAAACAAAUCCGUCACCGUGUCUGAUAAUUAUACGAAAAAUGAUCUAAAAGCGGCCAAUGAAACUGAUAAUACGUUGCCACGUCCACCUGAAGAGUUGAUUUCAGCAUUCGGCUUUCCAAUAUCCGAGCUUCAAAAUACAAGUGCAAUCGAAAGAGAACUAAUUAUUAACAAAAAGGAUGACUUAACGUCGCCAGAAUUCGGUCCCUUGGUCGAUUUGGAAUCGACGCACCAUUUGCCAUUGUUGCACUCAGACGUUCCGACUCAUUCCCUCUCAGAAAAACACUCCAAUGAGCCUCAGACGUUAGUUCUCUCGGAAUCCGAAAGCGUGCCAAUCUCUUCAGAAGAUCUACCCCCGGCGCCUGAAGACACGGGCACGCAGAACUUAGAUUCUUUCGAUUAUCCUUUACCACCGGAAGAACUCUCUUGUCCAUUGUUAUUGAUUCCUCCUACGAACAUAUCCGUAGCCGAGUUGCCACCAGCUCCCGUCGAGCACGCGGUCAACCCAAGAGACCCGACAGAGACACUCCUCACACCGCCCAUAAGUCCCAACCUCCAACAGUCCAGUGUUACACCCGGCAUCGCGACAGAAACCGCCACGAAAGAUCGCUCACAAGUUCCCUCGUAUAAUGAGAACGACAGCAACGAUCGUGAGAAAUCGUUGUUGAGCGAACCGCUGACGAUAUCAUGUGAUCAAUCGAAUAUUGAGUUGAAGGAGAGACUGGCAACCGAGUACGUAGCGAAGACCGAAAGUCAGGAAGAGGCCUUGUCGUGUCAGUUGUCGAACUCCAUCCCGUUGACUGCCGCCAAGGAGCAUCACCAGAACGCUCCGGAAGUCAAAGCGCCAGUAGAAAACAAUAUCGCCCAUGAUGUCAGUACGACAGAAAACGUCGAUGAGGCUCCUAAAGUUGCACCACCGGCUAUCCCAAUUGAGACACCCGCAUCCCCGCCAACAGCACCGGCUAUCACCGAGGACGUCGCCUCGGUCACCAAGGCCAUCGAGGAGAUUGACAUAAGUGAUAAAGCAGUCGCGGCAGCAGUGAACGAAGUUAUCGAAUGCAACACGAAUGAAAUUAUCGCUGACGCGCAACACCAAAACAUUAACGAAUAAGCGCCACUAAUUGAAUUGUAUUUUGGAAAGAAGAAAGUUCUUUUCUCUCGUUAAAACCAAAAAAGUAUAUUAUAUAGAUAUGUAUAUUUGGACCAUUCCUGCAACAGAAAAUAACGUUCUUUCGUUACGAGCAGCAAAAGGGGAAAACGGGGCGACGACGACGAUGACAAUGAUAACGACGACGACGACCGCGGCAUCGCGAGAGCAUAUAGACUCUAUAUAGUAGGCCUAUUAAUUAUUAGACGAUGUUUAACGGCAGGGUAAACGAGAUUACGUGCGUGAAAGUCUAUAUGAUCGUUUAUUUAAGAACUAUUUACGUUUACGAGAUCAUAUAUUGCGUGAACGUGUGAUUCUUGAUGAGCACACAUAACGUUGUUCUUGCACGGUCUCACAGAUUAAACGCUCGUCACAGAUUAAACGCACAGAUUAAAUGCUCGUUUCAUUCUUUGUGGCGCGCGGGAAAGAUUUUGAAGUACCGAAACAGCUUUCGGAUCGUGUCCAGCCGCGGGUUACAACGAUCGUCCCUGCUAUGUAGAAAUUUUUAAAGUAUCAUUAACUGUUACUGAAGUAAAGUCUAAUGCUCGAACAUCGCGCGACGGACAAACGAUAGAAGCGAUGAAUUAAGAUCGUCGAAACGAUAGGACGAGAAAUCGUUCGUCGCGCAUUCCAGAGGAAAUACUCAUUGGAUGGCGCCCUCCCGUAAUUACAUAACUAUUGUACUCUAUGAGAGCGUAAGAGUGUGAACGAGAAUGAAAGAGAGACAGAAAGAAAGAGAGAAUGAGAGAGAGAGAGAGAGAGAGAGAGAAAGUCGAAAUAUAGAGGAGGAAAUCGAGAGGGCAGGCUGUGUGUGAUAUAGCGAUUGACGGUGUGAAAGGGGAAAGAGAAUGGUAGCGCGCGAAACGAGAGAUGAGGAUGCGUCUUCGCCACGGUGAGAACAGGAAAAAGAUGGAAACAUGCGAGCAAAAAAUCUAGAAGAUGAAGCGGGAAGAUGAUUAUUCAGAUGAUAAAAUUUCGUACGAAUAAAAAUCGCACUCACACCGGCGACUUUUAUCGGCGACUUUGAGGGCACCCGGCAUAUUGUUUCGCUCGUAUUUCCUUCGCGAUCCUUGGUUUUCCUUUUUCCGUUUACAUCUGUACAAUCGAGACGUUUUACGUUGUAACGAGGAACUGCACAUUUUUUUAACAUAAUUUUGAUAGGCGCGCGCACACAAAGGCGCUUGCGAGAACACACGAGGAGACACAUACACCAACACACGCAAAGAGGACAUUUACACCGCGUAUACGUAUAUACGUACCAUGGGACAUACGAGAUAAAGUAUAUACAGUAAGUCGAAAAAAAAAACGAGAUGUAAGUGAUAUAUUAAUCUAGAUUAUAUAGAGAGAAUGCGUUUGUGUAAAUUCGGCGUUUGUUCGAACAUUGCUACUUCUCGAUACGAGAGAGAACACUUACGACGAAGCCUAUCGUAAUUUUUAUGAUAAUCAUUAAAAAAUAUCGCCUAAUUACAGUUUAUGAAACAUGCACAAUUUACCACCCCGGGACGGUACCUUUGUCAAGUUUUCAUACGAUGUUUCUACGUUUCUACGUUUAUACGGAUCUCCAGAAGUAAAAAGAGUAAUUAUCUUAUCAAAGAAGCUUUUUUUAUUAUAAGAUCGUAGCGUAGAUCAUAAAGUUGUAAACGAGAAGCGCAUUAUACACGUGUGACAAUGCUCCGAUAUCCGGUAAUAUCGUCGAGCGUAAAGAAGGAAAAGAAACGAGUUUUUACUCGUGUCCGUGACCGGCAUUAAUUUCUAAGCGGUUACAUACAUAUUUACGUAUAAGGGCGGGAAAGAAGUAAAGUUAAAAGUUGUAUAGUAAAAUCAUUCAUUAGAUAUAUCUGUCCGUAAAAAAAUGAUCUUUACAACGAAAAAAAUGAAAAAAAAAUUCAGCGUCUUAAUAGAACAACACACGUUUUGGCGACGAGAGCGAACUUUUUAUCGAAAUUCUUUACGAGCGAACCGAGACUGAUAAUACCCGUGCACCUAUACUAUUUUCUAGUGAUUGUUAUCACUCUGAGGCGCCGUCGAGGCAAACCUCGCUCGUUUAUUUAUUUUGCGCCGGAGACUACAAAAUUGUGAAUGAGAUCUUUGAAUCGAAACCGCCUCAGACGCGAAAGUACAGUCUCCAGUAUCUUCGAGAUCAGCAGUUAUAAUAGUAACUAAACUAUUCUACAUUUAUCUAUAACCUAUAAUAAACUGUGAAACAAAGUGUA